UCCUUCAUCUCUUUUCAAACAACCCCGUUCGUUGCCCACCAUCGAUUUAGUUGGAACGGUUUCGUCAAAAUCGCUUCAAACCCAACCGAACUGAACCGUCGACGUCUGUCUAUCUAUCGGCGCAUCUCUAUCUCGAAGGAUUCCGUGCUCAUCAAAAUGUUUACACGCUUUCCGAGAACCUGUUAUAUUGCUGAUGGAUUCUAUUCGGUACCGCAAUCUACAAGAAUAUGGGAGCAAGUUUGUUGUUCAAGAAAAUACAAAGUCAUUACACACACAAGCGCGUGUGCACACGACCAUCCCUUGGCAGGAUCCGUCCACAGAAACGGAGCAUCUUGCCAGAAGGGUUUUUUGGGGCAAAAACGUUUGAUUGGACGAUUGCGCGAAAUUCUCGAGGGUUAAAACCCAAAGUCUGCGUACCGUCGUUUUUUUGUUUGUGACCAUCGACCUAUUCAAACCAGAACCAGGCAAGCUGUACACGAGCUGAAAGGGAUCUCUGACCCUUAAACGUCGUGGUUUCCGGUGGUGUCUUUUUGGGGAUGGAAAGGAAUGUGUGUAGAAGCUUCGGCGAAUAAGCGCUUUCCCUUGAACGGGUCCUUUGCCACGGAAGAGCAGUUUUUAUUGAUGGAAAUGGGGAUGUGAAUGUUUUAGGAGACAUGCUGCAACACCCGAACCAUCCCUUUUUAACCCUCAGCAUCCCCUUUAUCCCUCGUGCACCCCGCACCUCCACACAGACGACCCUUCUGCAGAGGAAUGGACCGUUCCAUGUUCUUAGAAGUGAGCGUGUGUUGCGCUGUGUGGGAAUCUUGAUGAAACGACCGAUGGGUCUGCAAAUUACGAUUUUGAAUCGCUGGCAGGGAUAUUAGUCUGUGUCACAUGUGUUUCAUGCAACAUAACACAUGAACAACGAUUCCGUAAUGAAAUAUUUUGCCCAAACCUCCGAAGUUUCGGGGGCUAUGGGCGGAAUUUCACGGUGCGCUUCUAAUUUCGUAGCUAUUUUUAUAACGAAAUUAGUUAUGUUAGUUAGUAACCUUCAUAUUGCUCCCAAUGGGUCGAUGGGGGAUCCCGUGUCUAGCAGUCGUUUGUUGUUUGAAUGAAUUUAUCCCCUUAUCAAUAGUGCAGACAUUCGAAUGAUCUUGCAGCUUGUAAACUACGGGUAACAUGUGGGUAGAUUGGUGUGAUAUUGUAGUAGAAAUUAUUAUACGACGUGAAAUUAGGAAACAGCGUUCUUCGUAGCCUAGUUUUGGAAGUUAUCUUACAACAUCAAAAAAGGUUCAAAAUAUGUAUGAUAGUGAAAACAAAAUCCAAAACGUUUCCCUUUCGCACAGCAAGUGUUUGGUUUCCUUUUCGUGCGUUUAUGCGGAUCGGCUAGUGGAUAAUCUAAGUUUAGUGAAGUGAAGUGUGAAAAAACGGGGGAAAAGGGUAUAUCGGGAAGAAAACGAGAGUGGUGCCCAACAGUGACAGGGUUCGAUUCGAUGUGCUUUAGUGUGGCCGCGACCGGAAAACGAGAUUGUGCACGUACGCAAUCGGUAGCAGGUACUUUCCGGCACUUCUACUACAUCAAUAUCUACCAGCGAAUGAUAAUGUAACCCUCGACACGUGGUUUUUGCCGUGCAUCGAAACUUCACCCGGCAGCUAAAGCGCGUCAGUGUGAAGCCAGCUUAGUUGGAGCAAGUGAAGCGAAAAGUGAAAAAGAACGAGAAGAGAAGAGGUGAAAUAGCUUACCAAAAAAAAAAAAUCCCAAAUUCUCAGCCAUUGGCAUCUCGCGGUUGUGGCGGUGAAGGAUUCGAAUAGAAGCAGCUGAGCAAACGAUGAUGAUUCAUCCGUUGGCGUACCGUCACAACCGAUGCCGAGGGCUCCAUCGGCAGCAACCGGUGUCGGAUUUAGUGCGGAAUCGUAAACCGUACCGAUCGAUGAUACGAUUUCCGCGAUGGGUACCGAUCGUCAUGGUGAUCAUUUUCAUUAAUCAGCUUACCGAAGGUCUGGUCCUGAACGAGACACUGAUAACGCAGAGACAUCAACACCACCGGUACACGAUUGAUGAGCUGCUCGAUGCGCGCUUUCCGAAAAGCAUCUCCGGUGACAUCGACAUGGAUCCUUGCAAAUCGAGUGGAUUUAUGGGCGACAUCGCAAUGCCGAACGUAAAUUAUGAAACCGAAUGGCAUCGGCAACGAACGAACAAGAGCCUCGAGCAGGACAUUGUGAAGCUGAAGCAGGAGGUGUACCUCGAAGGGUUGCAGGUCGAGGAAGAAGGCAUGACGGACAUGAUACGGAAGAAAACGAAACAGCGCGAUUCAACGCCACUGUCCGGUAUGACGUCCACCACGGGUGGUCAGUUCGCGCAUUCACCAUCCAGCACAUCAUAUGAGAGUGAAAAUUCCAUCACGGACAGUUCCGGUGAGCCUCCGGUACGGGCCACUAUAAUCGACAAUCGGGAUAACAUUAUCGUGCGCCGCGAACCGCCCGAAACCGUCACGGAAAAGGUGGGCGAGAAAAAAACUACCCCGGCUACUAACAAAAAAAAUGUAACCGGUGCCCUGCGGAACAUUGACCAUAAUCGGAUCCAGUCCGACACGAAGGACAUCGUUAUCGAUUCGAUCAGCGAUAAUAUUAUCAGCAACAAUCACGCCAGUAGGAAAGUAGUCACAUUUGCCUUACUGACGAAGACACCGACGACCACCGCAACGACAACAACUACAACGAUGACGACGACAAUGGCUUCCGUAGCUGGUGGACACUCUGCCGGCUUGGAACCGACACCACCCCAAAGAGCUGGAAGCAACGAUACUACGGUAACAGGUACGCCCGUAGUGGAGCUUAUGAGACGACAGCAUCUAUCGGGUGAGCAGAACGGUGGUCAGCUAACGAGCGGUAACAGAGAACAAGAUGCUGGUCAAGCCCGUAUCCGCCGACGUCACCGUCGCAGACGUCGACAGCAGCAACAUUCGUCUUCCCAACAUCCCAAGCUUCACGAUGCGGUCGAAGCCAUAACAGACAACGGUGAUCCAACAGCGAAAACCACAUCCGGACAGUCUUCGUCGAACGGAACGGUGAACAAAAACUCGUACCACUCACGGUUGGAACGUUUGCGGGUCGAACUCGGCACAGUAACGUACUCGGUUCGGGAUCGCAAUCUUCGAUCGAGUCACAACCACCACCAGCAGCAACAGCAGCAUCAGCACCAUCAGGACAAGCAAGACGAACCGAAGGAGCGAAGGUCCCAAGACCACACACCGAAGAAGAAGCGUCGUCGCGCUGGAGGUGACAGCAAACGGAAGCAUCAUCAGGAUGUCAUCACUAACGACCACGAAAAGCACGACAACGAUGACGGUAAUAACAACGAACAGCGGGAAAACAUACCCGUUGAUAGGGCCAACUUCAGUACCGGCAAGCUGGCAGGUGAAAAGCACGAAUGGGACAAUGGAUACCGCGAGCAGUCGUAUCACCCUCGCGCCCAACAUCAUCACCAGCAGCAAUAUCGUCAUCAGCCGGAACAUCAUCACCCUUACGAACGGCCUGUUCAGGCACAGUCCACCAGGACAGUGCGGGACGAAAGCGACAAUGCCAUGAAUUUGCAUUUCCGACCGGACCAUAAAGCACCGGCCCCGGAUGCUCAAGAUCCCCAACCCCAACCGUACUUACCUGUUGAAGACGAAGCAGAAAGCCAUAUUUACUACGCAUCCGAAGAUCAGCACAAUCUACAUCAUCGAGUGGCACGGGCGGCAACGGCAAAGAAGGAACGUAUCUGGGACUUUGGUGUCAUACCGUACGAAAUUGAUGGGAACUUUAGCGGCAUGCACAAAGCCCUGUUUCGGCAGGCGAUGCGUCACUGGGAGAACUAUACGUGCAUCAAAUUCGUCGAGCGCAAUCCAAUUGACCAUCCGAACUAUAUCGUUUUUACCGAGCGUGCCUGUGGCUGCUGUUCGUUUGUCGGCAAGCGGGGCAAUGGACCGCAAGCAAUUUCCAUCGGUAAGAACUGCGACAAGUUUGGCAUUGUGGUGCACGAGUUGGGUCAUGUGGUUGGUUUCUGGCAUGAGCAUACACGUCCGGAUCGGGAAAAUCAUGUCGUGAUCGAGAAGAACAACAUCGUGGUUGGGCAGGAGUACAACUUCAACAAGCUCACCGAGGAUGAGGUUAACUCGCUUGGUUUACCGUACGACUACGAUUCGAUAAUGCACUACGCGCGCAACACAUUCUCCAAGGGUACCUAUCUGGAUACGAUUUUUCCCAUCGAAAUACCGGGCCGGAAAAGGCCAGAAAUCGGUCAACGGUUGCGUCUCAGCGAGGGCGAUAUCGCACAAGCGAACCUGCUGUACAAGUGUGCCAAGUGCGGACGCACGUUUCAGGAAAACUCGGCCAGUUUCACCUCUCCAACGUACUACUCUACCACACCACCGACCGAACCGGAACGAUGUGAAUGGCGCAUUACGGCUACACACGGCGAAAGGAUAGUGCUGAAUAUAACCGAUCUGGAUAUUUACAAAUCAAACAGCUGCCGGUCAGAUUACCUGGAGAUUCGGGACGGCUACUGGCAUAAGUCGCCGAUACUGGGGAAAUUUUGCGGUUCCGGCAAGGUAAACGAGCUCAUCCGCUCGACCGGUAGUCGUAUGCUGCUCACGUACACAACCACCUUCCGGCAGGCAUCGAUGCGGGGCUUUGCGGCCAACUACGAAGCAAUCUGUGGCGGCGAUAUGAACCUCGAAUCUGGCGGGCGUCUCGAAUCACCAAACUAUCCCGUCGACUACUUACCGAACAAGGAAUGCAUCUGGCGCAUAACCGUCCCGAAAGAUUAUCAGGUCGCUUUAAAGUUUCAAUCGUUUGAAGUGGAGAACCAUGAUAACUGCGUUUACGAUUACGUCGAGGUACGGGACGGUGGUACAGCGGACUCGCGGCUUAUUGGUGUUUUCUGUGGGUAUAAAAUACCGCCCGAUAUGAAGUCAACAUCCAACAAGCUGUUCGUAAAGUUCGUAUCUGAUGGGUCAGUGCAGAAGGCAGGAUUUUCGGCUACCUUCAUGAAGGAAGUGGACGAGUGCGAACACAUGGAUCAUGGCUGUGAGCACGAGUGCAUCAACACCCUCGGGGGUUACGAGUGUGCCUGCUACAUCGGUUACGAGCUGCACAGCGAUAAGAAAUCGUGCGAGAAUGCCUGUGGAGGUCAGCUGGACACUCCGAACGGUACCAUCCUUUCGCCGUCUUUCCCGAAAGAGUAUCCCAUCAUGAAGGAAUGUGUGUGGGAGAUAGUAGCAUUGCCGCAACACAAAAUCACCCUGAACUUUACACACUUCGACCUGGAGGGCAAUACGUUUUAUCAGGCAUCCGAAUGCGAAUACGACUACGUGGCCGUACUGUCGAAAAGCCCGGACGGAACGCUUCACAAGCACGGUUCGUUCUGUGGAUACAACGUACCGGCACCGAUUACGUCCGAAUGGAAUAUCCUACGGGUGGUGUUUAAGUCCGAUAAGACGAUCCAGAAGACGGGCUUUGCCGCUGUUUACUUUACCGACAUUGAUGAGUGUGCAGUCAACAAUGGAGGAUGCCAGCAGGAGUGCAAAAACACGGUUGGGUCCUACGUUUGCUCCUGUCGCAACGGAUACACGCUGCACGAAAAUGGACACGAUUGCAAGGAGAGUGGCUGCAAGCACGAGAUCUUCACGCCGCACGGCCAAAUUCUUAGCCCGAACUAUCCAGAUUACUAUCCACCGAAGAAGGAUUGCAUCUGGCACUUUACCACAACGCCCGGUCAUAGGAUACGGUUAGUUUUCAACGUGUUUGAUAUUGAACCGCAUCAGGAAUGUGCUUACGAUCAUAUCGUCAUCUAUGAUGGAAACUCUCCAGACAGCCACACUUUAGGGCGAUUCUGUGGAGCAAAAAUACCACAUCCCAUAUCGUCCUCGUCCAACCAGAUGUACAUGGUGUUCAAUACGGACACUAGCGUGCAGCGGAAGGGUUUUUUCGCGAGCCAUUCGACCGCUUGCGGUGGCCGUUUGAAGGCGACCGAAGUCAAGAACCACUUCUACUCUCACAUCAAGUUUGGCUCGGGCAUGUAUGACAAUGGGGCCGACUGCGAGUGGACAAUUGUGGCCGAUUCGGGCCAGAACGUGCAGCUAAAGUUUCUUAGCUUCGAGCUGGAGGAGGAAAAGAUGUGUUCGUACGAUUAUGUAGAGGUGUACGGUGGAUUGGAUGACGAAAGUGGCCCUCUGCACGGAAAGUACUGUGGCAAUGCGAAUCCGCCGGAAAUUAUCUCGAUGCACGAGGCGCUAAUGGUGCGGUUCCGUUCGGACGAUACGGUUGGAUUCAAGGGCUUCUCGGCUGCAUACGUUGCGAUCAAGUCGAACGAUGACGUGCUGACCACUGACGAAGAAGGUUCUGAUAGUUCCGAUAUCAUCCCGUUUCCCGGUUCACUAAAAACAGUGUUCAUCAAACAGGGCGAAGAUAUGGACGAGGAGGAGGACGACGAUAUCGAUUAUGAGAUCUACCCAAACCGACCAACCAACACUAAGAUGCACAUCGCGGUGCACAACGAUAUACGCUCAUCUCAGGCGAUCGACUGAAACAUAAUCAAAUACUUUGCCACGUAAGGUGUUGUUGCAUACGCCAUCGGUACCACCGGCCACACAACUCUGCGCGAGCUGCCACUGCAUGGACAAUAUAUUAUCGACCUAUCAUUUUUCCAGCUCUGCCGUCCUGGUUGCUCCAGAUGACAUCCAGAUCAGUAGACGAAUAUAUUCGUCUGGAAAGCUCAAAGUUGAUCAGAAAUAUGCAAACCGAUCAGAAGCUAGUGUAAGUGUAGCUUCAAUUUUUGAAUUCCUCCUAGAAACGUGUACGUCUGGAUUAGCACAGUACUUUUUUUUCUUAUUGUUUAACCCCAUUACCCAGGACUCCAUGCCCAGUAAUGGCUAUUAAAUUGAAGGAACGAUUGAUAGGGAGUUUAUCGCAGAUAGGGAGAUCCCAAGUGUAGAUAGGACUCGUCGAUACAUCGGUUAGGAGGAAACAGUCUUGCAAGGAAAUCAUCGUGCAAAGUAACGAUCGUUGAUCGUUGCGUGUAAUCUACAGUGAACCAAAAUUGUAGUAAGUAGUUUUAACAGCCAUUAAUGAGCCAACGGAAUAUAUAUACAUAGAUAUAUAUACAUAUAUAUAGUUAUAUUUACAUUACAACCUAAGCUGGUAAGUCUUAUUGAAGAAAAACUUUAGAGAUUAAUGUUAGGAAAAUUAGUACUAAAUAUAGCGAAGACUCCGUUUUCCUACGUCUUAAGGUUUUAAUUUAAUCGUCUCUAGC